UUAAAAGUUCAAAUUCAAAAAGAUAUUGUUCCACAGACGACAUUAGUGGAUGGUAAAAGAAAAAAAGAGUAAACUAAAGAAAAAGACAGUGGUGACCGGAAACAAACCGGAAACAAACGCAAACCUGAGAUCGAACUCUCACCGAUCCCAUAGCCAUGGCUAACCUCGAACUCCUCACCAUCGAGCCUCAAGAGCUUCAGUUUCCAUUUGAAUUGAAGAAGCAGAUCUCGUGUUCUUUACAGCUGCUAAACAAGAGUGAUAAUUAUGUGGCUUUUAAGGUUAAGACAACGAAUCCUAAAAAGUACUGUGUUAGGCCUAACACUGGGAUGGUUUUGCCACGGUCCACUUGUGAUGUUAUAGUAACAAUGCAAGCACAAAAGGAGGCACCUCUUGAUUUGCAAUGUAAGGACAAGUUUUUACUGCAGAGCGUCGUCGCAAGUCCCGGAGCUACUGCAAAAGAUAUCAACGCCGAGAUGUUUAAUAAAGAUGCAGGUCAUGUAGUGGAAGAGAGCAAAUUGAGGGUUGUUUAUGUAGCUCCGCCUAGACUGCCAUCUCCGGUUCAUGAAGGAUCAGAGGAAGGUUCUUCACCUAGAGCUUCUGUAUCAGACAAUGGGAAUCUGACUGAACGUUCAGUGGUUUCAAAAGCUUUUGCGGAGAGACAUGAGCCUCAAAAUAACUCGGUUGAGACAAAGUCUCUUAUUUCCAAGCUGACUGAGGAGAAAAAUUCCGCUAUUCAGCAAAACAACAAGCUUCAGCAAGAACUGGAGUUGUUGAGGAAUCAAAGUAGCAAAAGCCGCACUGGUAUCUCAUUUAUAUAUGUUCUUCUCGUCGGAUUGGUUGGUGUCCUUUUGGGGUACAUCGUGAAGCGAACAUGACCAAUCAAAAGCAUGUUGAUGCUUAUGUUGUACAUCCCAAUUGAAGAAUUGAAAAGUUGAAUCUUAGAGACAUCAACUAUGUGGCUGAUCAGCAUGUAACUCUUCUUUAUUGGUACGUAUUUUACAGAAAGUGUCAACUGGUAGAUGCUGUUCACUGUAUUAAUUAUUAGCAGCAGUUGAUAGUAGGAAAGCUCAAAGGACUUGUAGAUUCUGUAAUUGCCUAGUUUAAGCUUAUUGUGUGACCACUUCUCGAUGAGUAUUCCGUGCCCGACUUCCCUCGUAUUUUUGUGCUUAUGCAAUUUUUACUUUCUGCUUUA